AUGUGGCCUGCCAGUGAUCUGGCUUUGGGGCCAGAGUUUGUGGAGGCAAACAACAUCUCUCAAUGCAAAGUCUGCAAAUUAGAGCUGGCCGAAAGGUUCUCCGUCCCAACCUUUUGGUGGGAAAAUUAUUGCAAGUCGCACAAUGGUUAUUUUGGCUCGCAAGAUAUCAUGACUGAUGGGAACACCAAUGCGGGCCUUGAACCGGAGAAUAAGUACACAUGGACGAAAUUAAACAUCAUGACGUACGCUCGCGCCACAAAUAACCAGAUUAUGCUGGUUUUUGAUGCUGAGCCCAAGACCCAAACCACGCUUCUCGACUCACUCAUGCCCCCGAAGCGAAACGACGAAUUAACAGAUCCGUUCUGGAUUUAUUAUCGAGUCUUGAACGACGUGAUUUCCAUCCAUGAUAAAUCUAUUUGGGUUUUGAGGGAUCGAGUCCGGGACAUUGAGAAGUCAUACCCCAACACAGGUUCUAGUGACGACUCGAUGGGUAAGGGAGACGGCGAACGGUCAAAACCAAACUAUCGUGUACUUCACGAUCUUGCUAGACACGCUAUCCACGUUGCGGAAACCACCUCAGUCACGGUCAAUGUGAUUAGAGGAAUUCAUGCUGCGCAUAUGGAGUAUUUGAGCAGUCAAUCUGCAGAAGGGCUUGCAAAUCUCCGUGCAAAGAGCAUCCAGAAGCGUGUCCGGGAUCAGCUCCUGCUAUACGACCAACUUGCAGUUGGCCUGCAAAACAGGGCAGAAGCAGUCAAAGACAGGCUACACAACGAGAUUCAACUCUCAUUCAACACUGUUACUCAAGAAGACGCGGCUACCACGAUUCAAAUCAGUCUCAUUGCCCAGACCGAUAGCAGAGUUAUGAGGAUGAUUGCGUACCUUACCCUGGCAUUUUUGCCAGCGACAUUUGUUUCGGCAAUUUUCAGCACCUCCUUCUUCAAUUACAACCCUGAGCAUCAGAAAUAUAGUGUUUCCAAGAUGUUUUGGGUGUACUGGGUGUUUGCGGCACUAGUGACAGUGGGCAUGUUUUACAUGUUUCGCCGCUGGGGGCCGUCCCAGAAAAGGACAGCGCUCACUAGAUGA